AUUUCAAUUACAAGUCCAGGCUUUCAUGAUAAACUUGAUAAUCUAUCUAAGGGAAAUGGCUGUGGAUGGACUAGCUGGUGGAAUAGCAGCAUUAAUCUCAAAUUUGCUGUUCUACCCCCUGGAAAACAUAAGAGCAAGACUUCAAAAUUAUAGCUCCGAACAAAAUCAAAAAGAGAAAGGGAAGGAUAACAUAAGGAAGGAAUUCAGUGCUCUAAGGUUUUGCUAUGAUGUUUGGAAGCAUGAGGGUCUCAAAGCAUUUUAUUCAGGAUUAGGGAUUACUUGUUGGGGAUCUGUGGUCACCUUUGCUAUUUACUUUUUCUGGUAUAAGUUUUGGAAGCUGGCCUUGGCACCUUAUCCUCAAACUCUGGAUUCAUCAAAAAUUAUUGUAAUUACCGCCUUGGCAGCAUUAAUUACUAAUGCUCUCACUAGCCCAAUUUGGAGAAUACAGACAAUAAUGUGUGUUACUAAAGAGAAGAAAUCUGUUUAUCAGCAUGUACGCGACUCUAUUAAUGAAGAUGGUCUGACUGGGCUUUGGAAAGGAUUUCUCACCGGUCAAAUCUUAGUACUAAAUCCAGUAAUUAAUUUUGCGAUAUAUGAGAAGCUAAGAUUUCUCUGAAUCACUGAGGACUCUCAAGUACUUUGAAUGAGAAUCAUUUUUCUAAUAAGUUUAAUUGCAAAAUUGACUGCAACUCUCUUUACAUAUCCAUUACUUACCCUGAAAACUAAAGAGUUUACUAAUAAAGGUAAAGGUUCUACUCUCCAAGUCUUAGGACACUUUUUAAAAGAGGAAGGAGUCUUCGCAUUAUACAGAGGUAUUUAUGCAAAGAUACUCCAAACUGUGCUAAAUAAUGCCUUGAUGAUGGUCACCUUCGAAGCAAUCAAAGACUGAAUUGAAAGGACUCUUAUGUAG